AUGGCCACUACAUCCCAACCUAUCGCUUUCCAGUCUCCUAAUCAUCCUGAUUUCCACAUGGCGUCUGGUUCAUUCACCGGUAACAACAGUACUAGUGCCAGGUCUUACUUUCUAGGCUCACCAAUAUCGUGGCGUGCGGGCUCAUUUGGAAGCCGUUUCUACCCUGGUUGUUCCCCUGGUCAACUUCUAGGUCCAUUAGACCCUAACGAAUUCAAAUGUGCCAAGUUGUCAUCUUCUAUCGAUAGUGACCGUGGUUCAAUUCUGAACGCUCUCGGUGCCUUCGACAAGGAGGACGAAAUGUGUCGCAAUUACACAUGCUGUGGUCUACAGCUAGAUGAUUUGCACGCUCUGCUACAGCAUUUCGAGGAGGUUCAUGUUGUCGUGCUUGACCCGUUUGGUCACCCUCAGUUCCCAGUCAUUCCUUCUCUACCUCAUAACACGACUACGUCCUACUUCUCAGACCUUCAACAGCACCCUCAAUCUUACAACCAAGGUGGUUUUGAUCCUGAUGACAUGGAACUCGAUAUUGAUCAGGGCAGCAUGUCAAACGCGCCAACGCCCCCUGACACUCCCCUCAGCACUCCGCUGUCAUCACACCCUACUCAUUCGUUUAACCACUUUGGACAGUCGAAGCCUGCGUCCCCACAUCUUCCCGUGUCGGCAUUUGAUACGACGACUGUGCUUCCUUCCCGCUCUGUGCAUGGCUCAGCAUUCCCACCGUCUCGAAACGGUCUUCCCAAUGUGGCAAAUGCACCCGAUGCAUUUAAUGCUUACGCUGGUUACUCUGACUUCUCAUCCUCAAUGCCUGGCACUGUUCCUUCCUCAACCGGAAGCGAUGAUAUUCACGCACCUGUCACACCUGUCAGUGAGCCGGGUAGUCCCUACGGCUGUCUUCCUCCAGCUGUGGUUUUCUCCACAUGCAAUACCCCUGUUACCACUCCUUCAGUCUCUCGCAUGCCAUCUCCAGCAAGCGCCUCGCCCCAUUUGGUGCCCCCCGCGGCUGCUCCUCAUUCCUCGGCAUCCUCGGAUUCCCCUACUUCUCCCAAAGUUCUCACAUCACAGCAAGUCAAUCAGCGUGCUAGUACCACGCUCUCUCGCCCUGCGUCAUCAUUACUAUUGUCGAAGCCUUUCCGCUGCCCGAAGCCCAAUUGCAAUAAGAGCUACAAGCAAGCUAAUGGGCUCAAAUACCAUAUGACUCAUGGGAGCUGUAAUUUUGCGCCACCAAAAGACCUCGAGCAAGUACAAGCACUACUGGCUAGCAAGCGGUCCGCCCGCGAGGCUGCUGGGGACGAUCAGGGAAUUACAGAGGGUGACAUGCGUGAAGUCGAACGGGAGGCAGAGCGCAGACUGCGGCCCUUUGCUUGUGGGGUCAGUGAUUGCCAACGCCGAUACAAGAACAUGAACGGUUUACGGUAUCACUACCAGCAUUCGGGUGACCAUGGUACAGUUGGCUUGGCCCUUCUUGCCAGUGGACAGCACGAAUGUCUACAACAUGCGCAUGGACGGAGUAGCAAUGCAAGCUCACGGCAUUCAACACCGGUGACGAGCGGAACCUCUACGCCAGUAAGCGGACACAUGACAUCGACGUAUGCUCAGCAAUAUCAGCAACAGAUGUUUUACUCGUCCGCACAACAGCAGUACUUGCGCCAGCAGCAGGCUCUACAAGCACAAGUACAGAUCAGUUAUCCUGCUGUCUCGGCUGAAGCUGUCCCUAUCAUGGUUGCGCAACAAUAA